AUGACUGGGAAGGCCAGACAUUGGUGGAGAUUAGUGAGGCUACAAGAAGAUCAGAGGCUAGUACCUGCAAUCCUGACUUGGAGCCAUUUUAAAGAAAUCUUCUUUGAUCGAUACUUCCCCACUACCACCAGAGAUGCUAAGGCGGAGGAAUUCUUGAACUUGACUCAGGGGCAUUUGACAGUCCAGCAGUAUGCAACUAAAUUUGUGGAGUUGUCCCGCUGCGCUCCAUAUAUGGUUCCAGAUAAAACCACUAUAUUGGAGACUAGUCUGCAGAGGAGUGCGGAGAUGCUAAAUCAGAGGAAGAGACCCAUGCCUCCUAGUUUUCAAGCUGGUACAAGUCAAGGUCCACAAAGGAGAGAUAACAACAAUGUGGGCCAAAGACAGGAAAUGGGAAAUCGAGCUGGACAGGAAAAUCCAUCACACCCUACUUGUCCUAAAUGUAACAAAAGGCAUAGGAGGAAAUGCCGAGUUGGAAUAUAUACAUGUUAUUGGUGCAUUAGACCUAGGCACAUUGCGUGA